AGGGGGAGAGAGAGAGAAUCCCAAGCAGGCUCCACACUGUCAAUGAAGAGUUUGAGUCGGGCUUGAGUUUGCAGACCGUAAGAUCAUGUCUGGAGCCCAAACCAAGAGUCAGAGAUUAACCGACUGAGCCCCCCAGGUGCCCCAAGACUUGUUUAUUUUUUGAAGUACAUGAGUCUCCUGCCUUUGUAACCCCUAUGUUUGCUUCAUCCUGGGUUGAAGGGCUCUAGGUGGUUGAAGUCCUUGGAGGCAUAAGCCCUAGAAAUGGAGGUGGUAUAAUAUCGAUGGGUUGUUCUUCCUUGAUCAUAACUGCUUUCCUUUUUGAAGAAAGGAGGGGAUACCAAAGGCUAACAUGGAUUGCUCCUCCCCCAAAAGAGGAGAUGGGGGCCCAGGGUGGGGCCAGCUGGGUCAGUGGUGUCUGAAGUGUUUGAGGGAUAAGGAAGCUGCUGGCUCCCCACUGAUAGUGAGCAGGUGGCUGGGGAAGGAACCAUUGCCUCCUGCUCACUCUUCAUGGUGAUGGCCAGCGUGGAUGGGGGAGAGCAAAGGGAGCCCCAAGGGGAGCCACAGCGCCUGGUCUCCUCUCAAGUCCUGAAGUAGGACUGGCACCAGCGGAUUUUUGUCAAUUGCAGGUUGGUGCUGGGGAAGAUUCGCUGCUUUGGCUUUGACAUGGACUACACCCUGGCUGGUAGGGAGGGAGGGAGCAGGGUAUUUGGGGCUCGGGGAGCAGGGGGUAGGCACCAGCCAGCCUGGUUCUGCUUGGUUCCCACAGCCUACAAGUCCCCAGCCUAUGAGGCACUGGUCUUUGAGUUACUACUGGAGCGUCUGGUGUGCAUUGGGUAGCCGCAUCAUAUCCUGCGCUACACCUAUGACCCCGCCUUCCCCACCAGGUGCGGGAGCUUGCUGGGGUGGGAGGCUGUGGCCGGUAGUCAGCUCUGGAACCCCCAUCCACAGCCUCUGCGCUCUCUCCCUCGGGGGCUGGUGUUUGAUGUGCUCUAUGGGAACCUGCUGAAGGUGGACACCCAUGGGAACGUGUGGCUGGGCACCCAUGGCUUCACCUUCCUCUCGGACUGCUCCCUCCCCAGGGCAGAGAUCUGGAGCUUCUACCCCAGCAAGUUCGUUCAGAGGGACAACCUGCAGAGGUUCCACAUCCUCAACACGCUCUUCAACCUGCCUGAAAUCUACCUAUGUGCCUGCCUGGUGGACUUCUUCUCUGGCUGCUCCCGAUACACCAACUGUGACACUGGCUAUCAGCAUGGGAACCUCUUCAUGUCCUUCCGAAGCCUCUUCCAGGAUGUGAGUGAUGCCAUGGAUAAUGUCCACCAGUCGGGCUGUCUGAAGGAGAAGACCCUGGAAGACUUGGACAAAUACGUGGAGAAGGAUGUGCGAAUCCCCAUCCUGCUGGGUAAGAUGAAGGAAGUUGGAAUAUUUCUGGCUAUAAACAGCAGCUACAACUACAUGGAUGCCAUCGUGACCUACCUGUUUGGCAUUAGUGAGGCUGAAGGCUCAGCCAGGCCCUGGAGGUCCUACUUCGACCUGAUUGUGGUGGACACACAGAAGCCCUGCUUCUUUGCUGAGGGGACGGUGCUGAGACAGGUCAGCAGGGUAAUGGCAGGGGCUGAGGAUUCAGGCAAGCUCCGCGUGGGCACCUACAUGGGGCCCCACCAGCACUGUGUAGUUUACUCUGCAGGCUCUUCGGACACGGUGUGUGAGCUGCUCGGGGUACGGGGGAAGGAUAUCCUGUACAUUGGGGAUCACAUCUUUGGAGACAGCCUCAAGUCCAAGAAGUGGCAGGACUGGCGAACUUGCCUGGUGGUUCCUGAGCUGUUCCGGGAGCUUGGCAUCUGGGACCAAGAGAAGGGUGAGCUGUGUGUGUGGGGGCUUCAGGACCAGGUAGGGGGGGCACCGGCCACCAGUGCAGAGGCCUGCCCCUUCAUCAUCUUGUCCUCUUCCCUGUUGGGGGUUAGUAGUAACUGCGAUAAUACUGUCCACUCCGUGGUUUAUGAGAGUGGAUCUACUUUACACAGAGGAAACAGAGAUCCAGAGAGGUUAAGAAACUUGCCCAAAUUCGGGGCG